AUGCAAGAGGCGAAUUAUCCCAUUCUCCUGCAAAACUUGUUCGUGGUAUUGGUUUUAUUAGUUCCCAGUUGGGUUGUGUGUUGUGGAAAGAAAAAGGAUAAAGCGAAUGCGCGGCCGAACACGAACGAAUCGAUUAUUCUGAAAUCGGGAAUUAAACCUCCUUCGGAGCAAGCUGGUCCCACAGUAACACCAUCAAAAACUGAAAAUACAGCUGAAAAGAAGGAAGCCCCUGCAACAAAUGAGCAGCCAGAGGGUGAAAAGAAAGACGAACCUCCUGAGCCAAAGGAAGGAAAAGAAAAAGAGAAGGAUAAGGAUACGAAGGCUCCGGUGAAUCAAUCGAUGAAACCAUUCCCCAAAUUCCAACCGCCAACUGAAAGUGCCCGAAAACGAAAAGAAAAAGAGAACGAAGAAGAGAAGAACCGGAAAAUCAAGGAAGGAUUCUAUCAAGCGAAAUCCGAUGAGGAUGACACACUCGAAAAGAUUGAAAGUCUCAAAGUUGAGAAGUCGGAUAAGACGAAGCGAUCACAGAAAAACAAAAAGAAAUAA